AUGGCGGCAUAUAACGUGUAUGCUGAGCAGCUUUCACGCAUAGGAUAUGGUUAUCCUCUUUGGGAUCCCGAGCCUACCGAAUAUGGCGAAGUCAUCAUCGGCGACGUUGGGUUUGUCUCAGAGGGUGCCUUCUAUCGUCUCUUCAACGCCACACGUCCUGCAGACGAUACUAGCCAGAAAUUGAGGGUUCCGGAUGGAUACCGACCUCUUCCAUCCGAGUCAUACGCUCCUAAAAAGAGAAGCAUCGCCCCGGGUCAUUUGCACAGCCAGACACUGACGGACAUCUCGGUAAAUGGAAGCUUUACUGUGCAUGGAGCGGGAGCGGGAGGCCAGUUCAAAUGUACCGACGACCAAGGUGCACUCUUAGUACUGAAGCACGGUGCAGAGCGUGAGGCGUUACAUCCAAGUAGACGAAUGGCAAACUACAUGCGGCGCAACUACGCUAGUUGGUGGAAGUUUGCCACGGAGACUCAUGGGCUCGAACUUGCCAAAGAAGAACUAUUGUUCAUCCGAGGUCAUGUGAAGGCGCCCGAGUGGGCGGUGGCGGCUUUCGUUCAUUCAGGACAGUCUGCAAAGAUCUCUCUCAAGGCAGAUGCUAGUGGCAUAGGAUCAGCUGCGUUUUCAUUCUCCCAUUCAUCGGAUGCUACAGUGACGCCGGCCCAAAACUGGGGACCGAAGAAGAAAGUCGCUGAGACACAGAGUCGAAAGGGCAAGGGCAAGCACAAGGGAAAGGGUCCGCAGACUGCUGUAAGUGACGUGGCUGUGGAACAGAAGGUGGACCAAUGUGUGUUCUUGCACUACUAUAAGGUGAAAGUACGACUUGGAUUCUGGCCGACCGUGAUACAGGCUGCAGCAGGGCCCCAUGACCUUCCUCAGUCCCCCGAUGAUGAUCCUGCAGCUGGACAAGCAGGAUUGGAUGUGAACGAUCCAAUGGAACUAUUGGAGAUUGAACAGGCGAUUGACCCAGUCGAUGAUGUCCUUGACUAUAUCCUGAAUAAUUCAAAUGCCACGGUUGCUAUCGCUCACGAUGAAGACAUCGUCAUGCUGUGUCAGCACCAUGGAGUAGAGUAUCCCAAAAAUGUCGUUGCGUUUCUUGCAGAACUUCAGCCACAGGUGGAAGUAAAUGAGGAUGGCCUGGGCAUGCUGAUGCACGACGAGAUUGUACUUCAAGAGACUACAGUCGACAACGAGCAAGGUGUCAGUCACCCUGCGCUUGAUGCACGUCCCGAAGAGGAAGCUGAGCGUGAGGGUGAUAGCCUAGCGUCUGACGCGCCUCUCACCGGCGGUGAUGACAAGGACGAUAUCCAAAGUCGUCCCGAGGAUACUCGGGAUGGCUACCAUAGUGCGGCAUCUGAUACGUUUCUGAACCAACACAAGGCCGUUCGUAUAGACGGAUAUUCUCUGCUUCUUGAUGGCCAGGCGGGCGGGGUGUGUGCGCUCGCCUACUCUCCGGACGGCCGCUAUAUAGCAAGUGGAUCCGAGGACGCCGAGGUUGUCAUCUGGGAAGCUGCCACGGGACGCAUGCUGCGCAGACUGAAGGAACAUAGCGACACUGUUUGCACACUCACAUUCUCACCGGACAGCACGGAACUAGCGUCUGGCGCUCGCGAUGGGCUCGCGAUAUUGUGGAAUGUGGAGACCGGAAAGAUGCGGGCGCCGCUGGACGGAGGAGGGGGCUUUGUCUAUUCUCUGGCAUUUUCACCGGACGGCAAGGCUAUUGUGUCGACUUCUGUCGACUUUAGCUUGCGCAUCUGGGACGUGGCAUCAGCGACAGUGCGCUCGACUUGCACGGGCCACCACGGACUCAUCAUGCUCGUGCAAUAUUCUCCGGACAACAAGAUGAUCGUGUCCGCCAGCGCGGACUACUCCACGCACGUGUGGAAUGCAGAGGACGGCUCGGCCGUGUCGGUGCUGCGAGGGCAUACGGGCGUCAUCUACUCCCUGGCCUUUUCGCCAGACGCACGCCGACUGGUGACGGGAUCUGACGACGGCACUGCGCGCAUCUGGAACACCCACACGGGCGACGAGUUGGUUACCCUACGGGAGCAUUCGGGCUCGGUGUGGGCCGUGGCCUUCUCGCCCGACGGAAAGCGCGUGAUGAGCGCGGCGAGCGACGGCACUGUCAAAGUGUGCGAUUCGUACAGCGGCGAUCGGCUUGUGGCGGUCGAGUCGAACGACUCGCUCGUGAACGCCGCAGCGUUCUCACCUGAUGGUAAGCUCAUCUGCGCCAGCGUGGGCGACAAUACACUCCGAGUAUGGGACGCGGACACUGGGAGACUGGUCACGCAGUUGUCGGGGCACAACGACAAGGUGAGCCACCUGAAGUUCUCUCCGGAUGGGGAGCGGAUUGUGUCGUCGUCGGACGACAGCACCCUGCGCCUGUGGGACUUGCGAAGGGAGGCGUGA